AUGGUGAGGCGCGAGCGACGAUGGACGACGCGAGAAACGGAGGAUGACACGGCAACGAGGACGACGCGGGUGACGGGGGACGAUGCAGUUAGCGGGGAUGACUCCAGCGAUGGAGGACGCACAAGAAACAGGUUGCCUGGUUUACCGAUGAAAGAGGGCCAGCUACACGUAGUCGACGAUGUUAGUGGUAUCAUUAAGCCUGCUAGGAUGACCCUAUUACUUGGUCCUCCAGGAUGCGUGAAGACUACACUAUUGAAAGCUUUAUCCGAGAACUUGGACAAAUCACUUAAGGUAAGUGGAGAGGUAACAUACAAUGGAUAUAAACUCGGGGAAUUUGUGCCACAGAAAACAUCGUCUUACAUUAGCCAAUAUGAUAUUCAUGUUCUCGAAAUGACUGUAAGAGAAACAAGCGAUUUCUCAUCUGAGUGCCAGGGUGUAGGCAACAGACCAGAAAUAUUGGCUGAGGUCAUGAGGCGGGAGAGAGCAGCAGGAAUCGUUCCCGAUGCACAGAUAGAUACAUAUAUGAAGAUCCUAGGCCUCGAUAUCUGUGCCGAUACACCCAUUGCAUGCAUUUCUGGUGGUCAGAAGAAGAGACUCACAACAGCCGAGAUGAUGGUGGAACCCACAAAUGCUUUAUUCAUGGAUGCGAUCUCAAAUGGACUAGACAGCUUGACCACGUAUCAGAUCGUAUGUUGUCUCCGCCAGCUAGCACACAUCACGGAUGCCACUGUUGUUAUCUCACUCCUUCAGCCGGCCCCAGAGACAUUUUAUCUCUUUGACGACGUGAUGUUGAUGGCGGAGGGCAAAAUCAUCUACCAUGGGCCUAAGCAAGACGUUGUAGAGUUUUUCACAAGCUAUGGAUUCAAGUGCCCCGACAUGAAAGGGGUUAUCUCGAGAAAGGAUCAGGAGAAAUACUGGCAUCAGUCACAACACCCUUACAGUUGCGUGUCGAUUAACGCUUUUUUAGAAAAAUAUAAAGAGUCCCUUCACGGGAAGAGGGUAGCGGAGGAACUCUCUGUGCCUUUCGAUAAGUCGAGGGGCCAAGAGAACGCAAUUAGUUUCAAAGCACAGCCUGUGUCCAAAUGGACCCUUUUCAAGGCAUGCAUGUACCGAGAGUACCUUUUAGUGAAAAGGAAUUUGUUCGUGUACUUAUUCAAAUCUAUUCAGCUCAUCAUCGUUGCAAUUUUGAGCAUGACUUUGUUUCUGAGGACACAGAUGGGGGUGGACCCCGUGCAUGCCAACAACUACAUGGGGGCUCUGUUUUAUUCUUUUAUGGUCUUUACGGUUAAUGGCAUCCCACAUCUCUCGAUGAUGGUUGCUAAGCUUCCAGCAUUCUACAAACAGCGAGACUUAUACUUUUUUCCAGCAUGGGCAUAUGCAGUCCCUGCAACCAUCAUCAAGAUUCCUUUCUGA